UUUUGAGUAUAUUCUCAAAGCUUCACCUUUCAAAUCUCUACAUAAAUUAUAUUCGACGAAUUUCGAUGAAAGUACAAAAUCGAUGUGCGGUGUAAAAUUUCUUCUAAUAAAUAUUGUGGUGUUGGGACAUAUAUGCCUGAUUGUAUUGUUUUUCCGCACAGUAGGAGAUAAAUAUACCAAUAUCUUCAAGCUUCUGAAUCUUCUUUUAUUCGAAAUUAUUCUCCAAGGCGUCACUAUGAUAGAGGCAUUCUUCUUCUACAGGUGUUUUUCAACGUAUUAUGGUUCCUCGGUGUGUUACUGCAACUUUCCAUCUUAAUGUCACUGUUAUUAUAUAUUGUUGACAGAUGGCCCAGAUUUGGAAGACUCGUCAUAAUUGUAUUAAUGUUAACAGGGAUUAUCAUGUAUAUAGUUGAUGUAGUUUCGAACAGAUAUUACGUGAUAUUUGGAAUACCUGCUGCUUCCGAGGAAACCUAUAAAUAUUUUGCUGAUAAUUAUUGUAAACCAUAUUAUUCUCAUCUUGGUAUUUAUUGUUUUGGUGCUUUAAUUGGAGAUAUAUUAAGGAAUAAGAAAAAGGUCACAUUUGGAAAGAUUACCAUUUUACUUUGUUGGACCGGAUGCAUUGUCUUAAUGACAUUAUCAAUUUUUGGAGUGCAUAGUUACAAGAAAAAUAUUAUGGCCAACGAAAAUAUAAUCAUCGCUUUUCAGUGCAUUGCUCCAUUUGCUUGGACACUAGGAUUAGCUUGGUUGACAGUGGCUUGUGUCACAGGUCACGGAGGAACCCUCAAUCGUGUGUUAUCUCUUCGUAUUUUUGUGGUGUUAAACAGUCUGUAUGUUUGGAUAUAUCUGCUUCACGGUCUGAUUAUCUAUUAUGUUGUUUGCAGUAUGAGAAAGGCUACAGGUGUUUUACAGUUUAAUAUGUGGCUGCUUUAUUCUUUUGUUAUGUUCUUGUCACUUAUUGCUGCUCUGUUCUUCUUUGUAUUCUUCGAAUCCCCAUUGAACAGUCUUCUGUCUAUCGUGCUAAGAAGUAGAACAUCGCAAGAAACAGUAAUUCCCAAUCAAAACGUUACAGAAAUGAAGACAGGAAAAAGUUCAAAAAUUUCUGUUUUUUGAUAAACGUUGCAAAUUAUAUUAACAUUAUAUGUGCUGAUGAGAUAAGACUAUGUUAAUUAAAUAACUAUAAGUACAGUAUAUUCAGUAUGAGUUAUUAUGACAAUGUCAUAUGUCUCGCAAGUGGUAUAAGGUUCUGCUUGAUCUUUAUUGCUGCUUUCGUAUACUUAUAUGAUUUUUUCUUGUAAACUUGGUUCAUACUACUUACAUUUGUAAUAAUCUUUUUAUAAUUUUCCUGACUGUUAUGUUUUAUAAUAUACACAGAGACUGUAACUAGGACCCAAUUUAACGUCUAACAGGUAAAUAAAAUAGUAGCUAACUAAACUCGUUGGAAUUAAAUAAUUGUUUAUCUUUGUUUAUUUUGAAACUGUGUCUUCUUUAAUUUGUUUUUUUCUGUCACAUCCAAGGAAAACCUUGUAAAUACCGGCAUCGCAAGUGUGAUCUAUGUACUGUUCAGUCUUAUGCCGAGAAUGUUUAAGUCUACAAAUUUUUAACUGUAAAUAUGUAAUUUUAACCAAGAUAUAUCUUGUUAAGAAGUUCUAAAUAAUAUAUAUCACAAGAAAAGCCGACAGCAGA